AUGAACUCCUCAGAUUCGGAGGAAAUGAUGAUGUUCUCCUCAGAUUCGAGUGACGAAGAGGAUGAGCUGCUUGUGCUGAUUGCCAUCGAGGAGGAAGAAGCAGCAGCUGCGCGUCGUAGCAGGCAGCGUGGGUCGAUGCCCGGCCAUGCGGUUAUAGACCGGCAACACCGCGAAGGUGCUGCUAGGCUGUACAACGACUACUUCACCGACAACCCUGUGUACGGCGAUAUCCUGUUUCGUCGGAGGUUUCGUAUGUCACGGCGGUUGUUCUUGCGUAUUGCGGCCGCUGUGGAGGAGCAUGACACCUGGUUCAGGCAGAGAAGGGAUGCAACGGGGAAGCUCGGCCUUAGCCCCUUGCAAAAAAUGACAGCGGCCAUACGGCAACUAGCAUACGGAGUCAGUUCCGAUGCAGUUGACGAGUACGUGCGGAUAGGAGCGAGCACGGCGAUGAUGGCAUUACGGAAAUAUGUGCAAGCUAUUGUGGAGGUGUUCGGAGAAGAAUAUCUCCGGGCUCCCAAUGAAACUGACACCGCCCGUCUCCUGGCAGAAGGGGAGCGCCGUGGGCUUAUCGAUGGGAGUGCCCCACCUGUUUCGUACAUCAUAAAUGGUAACAGGUACGACAUGGGAUACUACCUCGGUGAUAGCAUAUACCCCGAAUGGGCGACCAUAGUGAAGGCAAUUCCUGCUCCACGAGGCAACAAGAGCAUCCAUUUCUCCGCGAUGCAAGCUGCUCUCCACAAGGAUGUCGAACGUGCAUUUGGUGUGUUGCAAUCUAGGUUUGCUAUUGUUCGCGGGCCGGCUAGAGUAUGGGAUCAGUCUACCUUGCAUAAUAUCAUGACCGCAUGCGUUAUUAUGCACAACAUGAUAAUUGAGGACGAGCGUGGUACCGCUUCCCCGGUGCAGGUGUUCGACUUCAUGGGGGAACCAACUCAAGUCCAUCGAAGUGGUGACGAAGGUGUCCUGCAUUAUGUCGAAACAACUCAAGCUAUCCGCAACCGUGCAGUGCACCGCCAAUUGCCGGCGGACCUUGUGGAGCACCUUUGGAGUAUGCAUGGAGCACAGUAG